AUGGCCUUCUCGCAGGUGCAGUGCCUGGACGACAGCCACGUCAACUGGCGCUCCAGCGAAGCCAAGCCCGAGUUCUUCUACAGCGAGGAGCAGCGGCUGGCGCUCGAGGCGCUGGCGGCCCGCGGCCGCGACGCCUUCUACGAGGUGCUGAAGCGCGAGAACAUCCGCGACUUCCUCUCAGAGCUGGAGCUGCGGCGCAUCUUGGAGACCAUCGAGGUGUACGACCCCGGCUCUGAGGACCCCCGCGCCGGCGCGCAGCCCCACGGGCCGGAGGAUGGUGAGGCGGCCAGCGCGGCCGGGGGCACCCCCACCGAGGCCGAACCGCUGCCCUCGCUGGAGUACUGGCCCCAGAAGUCGGACCGCUCCAUCCCACAGCUAGACCUGGGCUGGCCCGACACCAUAGCCUACCGCGGCGUGACCCGGGCCAGCGUCUACAUGCAGCCCCCCAUCGACGGGCAGGCCCACAUCAAGGAGGUGGUGCGCAAGAUGAUCAGCCAGGCCCAGAAGGUGAUUGCUGUGGUCAUGGACAUGUUCACCGAUGUGGACAUCUUCAAGGACCUGCUGGACGCUGGCUUCAAGAGGAAGGUGGCUGUGUACAUCAUUGUGGACGAGAGCAACGUCAAGUACUUCCUGCAUAUGUGUGAGCGGGCCCGCAUGCACCUGGGACACCUCAAGAAUCUCAGGGUGCGGAGCAGUGGAGGAACCGAGUUCUUCACGCGGUCGGCCACCAAGUUCAAGGGCGCCUUGGCCCAGAAGUUCAUGUUCGUGGACGGCGACCGGGCCAUCUGUGGCUCCUACAGCUUCACGUGGUCGGCCGCCAGGACGGAUCGGAACGUGAUCUCCGUGCUGUCGGGCCAGGUGGUGGAGAUGUUCGACCGGCAGUUCCAGGAGCUGUACCUCAUGUCACACAGCGUCAGCCUCAAGGACAUCCCCAUGGAGAAGGAGCCUGAGCCUGAGCCCAUUGUGCUGCCCCCCUCGGUCCCGCUGGUGCCGUCGGGAACCAUGGCCAAGAAGCUCGUCAACCCCAAGUACGCAUUGGUCAAGGCCAAGAGCGCCGACGAGAUCGCCAAGUCAUCGUCCGAGAAGCAGGACACUACGAAGCCUGCGGGGGUGCAGGGCGUGGCCCUUGCUGAGCGCCCGGGAGACCUCCCUGAGCCUCCCCUGCCCAUGCACCCAGGGCUGCUCAACCUGGAGCGGGCCAACAUGUUCGACUACCUGCCCACAUGGGUGGAGCCCGACCCCGAACCUGGCAGUGACAUCCUGGGAUACAUUAACAUUAUCGACCCCAACAUCUGGAACCCCCAGCCUAGUCAGAUGAACCGUAUCAAGAUCCGAGACACGUCCCAGGCAGGGACUCAGCUGUGGAGGCAGAGCCAGGACCCCGGCCCCACCCUCCAGUCCAGCGCCUCACCAGACAGCAUCCCUGCCGAGAACAGCCUCCCCCAGGGGGACGCCCAGCCACGGCCGCCUGUGCCCAAGCCCCGGACGGUCCCAGUGGCAGACGUGCUCGCCCAGGAGGGCGGUGGUGCUGACUGGGCCCUGGAGACUCCAGAGCAGGAAUCACCCCACAACGGGACGGACCACGGGCUGCCCAGGACGGCAGGCCCAGGCCACGCCGCGCUUCAGCGGCAACUAUCUGUGACCCCGGAUGACCCCAGUGGUGGGGGGCAGGUGGUCCCCAACGGGCUGGACGGGGAGGAGGAGGAAGACGACGAUGACUACGUGACCCUUAGUGACCAAGACAGCCUCUCAGGCAGCUCUGACCAUGGCCCUGGCCCCCGGCGGGCCUCACUGGCCUCCUCCUCCGUGUCAGACGAGUAUUUCGAGGUGACGGAUCGCUCGGCCUGUCUCCGGAGGCGCCACUCGGAGCAGGUGGCCAACGGGCCGGCCCAGCCCCCCCGCCGACAGCUGAGCGCCCCCCACAUGACCCGUGGAACCUUCGGCGGAGCCCUUAGUGGCUCCUCAUGGGCCCAGGGUCAAGAGAGAGAAGAGGCGGGCACCCAGAGGAGAAUGCAGGCUGCACGCCCUGUGGACCAGGAGGCACAGUGCCAGCGGUUUCACCACUAUGGAAGCCCUGCCUCGGGCACCAGAGAGAAAGAUGGCUUCCCGCGACCACUGAGGACCCUGGGACCCCCACGGUUCCGCCCCACUGCCGACGGCCCUGAGAGCUCCAGCAGGAAAGCAGGCCCGGCUGUGGCAAGCCCCCAGCACUGGCAGGCCAAGAGCGGCCCAGGGCCCCGCCUACUGCCGGGUCCUGCGAGCCCAAGGCCGGCCCGAAAUGCCAGUGCCCUGGCCAACAGCAGGGCCACCGAGGAACACCCCAGCCCCUUUGGAAUCCCUUACUCCAAACUGUCCCAGUCGAAGCACCUGAAGGCCAGGACGGGUGGCAGCCAGUGGGCCCCAUCUGACUCUAAAAGGCGGGCCCACACCCCCCGGGACCGCAAGGACCCCUAG